UCAGAGAACAGCAGUGCUGAUCAGAAGCAGGCGUGCAAGAAACACGAGCUCUAUGUCAGCUUCAGAGACCUGGGGUGGCAGGUACCGUGAGCACUCCACACAUUCCUCUAUCUCUCCCCCUUUCUCCUUUUCUUUUAUCCUCUCUCCCCCUUAAUAUCUAUCCCUUUUUCUCACUCGCUCCCACACUUAUCUCUUCCUCACCACUCCUAUUUUCUCCCUCUUUAACACUCUGUCCCCGCUGUUUCCCUCCCUGUCCUCACUAAUGUAUUUUCUUAGCAGAGACCUAAAUCCAAAGUGAUCUACAGUUCUAACUGUUGUCCAUGAUAUCCAUUACAACAGCUGGGUAAACAGUGUGAUAUGCUAAGGAAAGGGGCAGAUUUAUCGCCCUACUAGGGCUCCACAGUUCACAAGGAGUUCUGAGUUUAGAACCAGGAAGCUUGUUGUUACUAAUGAGACUACCGUGACUACUGUGGCAUGCAUCACAUGCUGAUCACACAAUCACAUGAAGGAUAACUGUGUGACUCUCUUUCUCUCUUUAUCCACCUUCUCUCUAUCCCUCUUUCCCUUUGUCUCACCCCCCCCUCUCUCUCUCUCUCGCUCUCUCUUUCUCUCUCUCUCUCUCUCUCUCUCUCUCUCUCUCUCUCUCUCUCUCUCUCUCUCUCUCUCUCUCUCUCUCUCUCUCAAUUCAAUUCAAUUCAAUUUCAAUUCUCUCUCUCUCUCUCUCUCUCUCUCUCUCUCUCUCUCUCUCUCUCUCUCUCUCUCUCUCUCUCUCUUUCUCUCUUUCUCAGGACUGGAUCAUAGCUCCAGAGGGCUAUGCAGCUUACUACUGUGAAGGAGAGUGUGCCUUCCCUCUCAACUCUUACAUGAACGCCACUAACCACGCCAUCGUGCAGACACUAGUGAGUACCCUCCAAGAAUAUUAUCAUGAAUUCAGUCAAUAUACUAGAGAGCAUCAACACAAAGACAAAUGCAUUGACAUGUUAUCAGUUCAGAGUCUCCCUUACUCCAACCCCCACCUGUCUCCCCCCCCCCCCCCCCCCCCCGUGCAGGUCCACCUGAUAAACCCAGACACUAUUCCUAAGCCCUGCUGUGCCCCCACCCAGCUCCAUGCCAUCUCAGUGCUCUACUUUGACGACAGCUCCAAUGUUAUCCUCAAGAAGUACCGCAACAUGGUGGUCAGAGCCUGUGGCUGCCAUUAGACUACAGCCAACCUCUCAACCCUCACAACACACACACAUUCCUGCAUCUAAAUAUCCCUUCAACGCACGUCAUUUUCAUCUAGAGACUUUCUUCCCCAGAUUCACUUGAAUGGACACAUGAAUGGACUACACGUCCCAGAGUGCCUUGCUGUGCUGCUGGAUGGGAGCUACAUGAGGACUGGCAGACAAUCAUGAUUAUUCAGUCCAACCUGGAACACACACACACACACGGUCAAAUACACACACACACACACAC